AUGGUUUCGUUCGGGGUAUUUUUAAUAAUAUACUUAUUUGGCGGAAUUACCUUUAUUCCACUUGUGUUACUAAUUAGUAUUUUGAUAAUUUAUCGACCAUGGAUUUCAAAAUCAGUUGAUAAUAAAGAAAUAAAAUUUGACGAGGUAUCACCUGAAUUAAAGAAUUCUUUAUUAAAUGAAAAAUCUCAACUGAGUGAUGAUUCACAUUUUUAUAAAGUCGGGUGGUUACGUGUUACUAGAGAAUAUGAAAUUAAUUCUACGAUUCCUAAUGGAUCAACAUUUGGUAAUAUAAUGAAAUCUUUUAUGGAAGGAAAGAAUGCACAAGUCAAACGACCAAAAGAUUCAUUUUUCGCAGUGCUCAAAUAUAAUACACUCUUUAUGUAUGAUAGUGAAAGACAAUUGGAUUGUAAAGGAAUUAUUAUUAUUUCAAAUCAUGAUGUAUCAAUGUAUCCAGAACAAUUACCAGAUAAUGAAAUUUUUAUAAAAGCCACAUCCAUUAGACUUAAAACCAAAAAAUCAAUUUGUACAGAUAUGGCGAUAGGAAUUGAUAGUUCAAAUUAUUAUUUAUUUUGUGAUAUAGGAGUAGAUAAAGAAGAUUGGUAUUUUUCUUUACAAAGGUCAUCAAAAUUGGAGUCAAAUUCUCCAGGACGACAACCUCAAGUUGUUAAAGACAAAACACAAUUUGAUCAACUUUCAAUGGAUCAUCUUUUAAAAACUAUUAAUUCAAAUGAGGAACAUAUUCAAACUCAAUGGAUAAAUGUAAUAUUUGGACGAAUAUUUCUUUCCAUUUAUAAGACACAAGUAGUUAAAGAAUAUUUUAUAAAAAAAUUGAAAAAGAAAAUAAAGAAGGUAAAGAAACCAAAUUUCUUGAGUGAUAUACAAAUAAAGUCAGUAGAAGUUGGAGAUGGAAUUCCAUUUAUCACUAAUCCUAAAUUAAUUGAAUUAACUUCAGAAGGGGAAUUAAAAGUUGAAUUGAAUAUUGAUUAUUCAGGAGGAUUUCGAGUAGAAAUUGAGACGGAAGCAUUAAUUACUGUAACUCGACUUAAAACGAUAAAAGUUCCAUUAGUACUCGCAGUAGUAUUGAGAGGAUUACAAGGAAGAAUGUUAUUACGUAUAAAACCUCCUUCAACUAAUAGAAUAUGGUUAGGAUUUUAUGAAAUGCCAAAAUUAGAUUUAUUGAUAGAACCAAUUGUAUCAGAAACCCAAUUGAAAUUUUCACCAAUACUUAAUUUUAUAGAAUCAAAAAUUCACGAAAUGUUUACAGACUCUUUGGUAUUACCAAAUAUGGAUGAUACACCAUUUUUUGGUAGUUUUGGUAAAGGAGGUGUUUUUGAAGAAUCAGAAAAAUCAGAAAAAUUAAAUGGAAUUAAUUCAUCACCUGCUAAAUUAGAAUCCGAUUCUUCCACGACUUGGAUUCCUACAAAAUCAAGAUUUAAUAGAACUUUAUCAACAUUACAAGGAUCGCUUAGUGAACCUAAUUUACUUAUAUCUAAUUCUAAAUUAAGAUAUAUUGGUAAACAUUUCAAAAGUAGGAAUGAUGAUACGACGAAUGAUAACAAAUCAUCAUCAAAAAGUAAUAAUACAAAAGAUACUGUAGAAGAAUCUUCUGAUUCUCAAACUUCUACAAGUUCAUCUAAUUCUUCCACAUCGACAUUUAGAAAAUGGGGACAAGCAGUAUCAAUACGUAGAAGAGCUUCUA